GCCGCGUCCCGCACACGCCUAAGCAAGCAGCAGCAGCAGUAGCAGACCAAGACGACCAUCAUGAUGACGCUGCCGACCGACGAGGUGCCGCCGCCGCCGUCCUCCCGCGGGGGCAGCAGCUCCACGGCGCUCGUGCUGGUGCCCGACGACGUGCAGGACACGGCGCUGGUGGCCAGCGCCAGCCAGUCCGACCUGGAGCUGCACCUGCUGCAGACCUUUGCGGCCUACGCUGGCCAGCAGCUGCUGCACUCGUACCUGAGCGUCAAGCACGCGACGCGCGUGACGCACUACCUGGCCGAACUGACGGAGAGCUUGGCCUCGCGCUCGGGGCUCGUGGCACUCGUGCGCGUGCUGUUCAACCAGUACAUGCGCCUCGGACACCCGUUCGUGCAGCAGGUGGACGACGCCAUGGGAAAGCGCGUGAUUGACGCCGUGGUCGGCGUCUUGAUGCUGGCGGAGCAGCAGCCGGCGAGAAGCAGCAGUAGCAACAAGCUCGAGACGGGCAUCUUGGCGCUGGAGGACGAGAACAGCAACAAUGAGGUGGCCGAGGACCUGGCGGCUGCCACCCGCCUGUCGUACGCCGAGCGGUUCCAGGCGCUGCUGCUGGGUGAAGUGCCUCGAAUGGAGCAGGAAUUGAUGGAGGCGCGGCGUCAAGUUGAGGAGGAGGCGCAGGCCAAGGUGGACGAAGCCGCUAGACUAGCGCCGCCGCCCGUCGUGAUGGAGCUCAAAGACUUCGUGCCCGUGGACGAGGUGGCCAGGCUCCGGGAGGAGAGCAAGGAGCAGCAGCACGAGGCGGCGCAGGAGGCCGCCCGCCUGCGCGCGCAGAUGGCGGAGCUCACGCGCGAGAAGCAGCGCCUGGAGCAGCGCCUGACCGACGUGCACAACUACCAGAAGAGCGAGCGCGGCCGCCGCUUCCAGGACAUGGAGGAGGAACUGGCGCGCACCAAGCUCGAGGCCAACCAGAAGGCGCAUGACCUGCGCAAGCUCGAGCUCGUGGUGGAGGCGCUGCAGCGCAAGCACCGCAAGAAGAGCAAGAGCAGCAGCCGCAAAGGCGACAACCAGUCCAACGCCUCCGAGAGCGCGCCGCCGUCCCCCGUGCCCGAGCACAAGCCCAAGGUCUACGAAGGGAAGCGCAACAGCAUCACGGCGUAA